ACAAAUAACAUAACAAAUAAAAUAAAUAUAAAAUUUAGAUUUUAAGUUGUAAAAUCAAUGUGAUAAUACUUGUAAACUAAAGAUUGAUAUAGUAAUAAUUUUAAUAAAAAGCAUACGUUAAUAGUUUGCGACUUCAAGAAAAAUAGGAGCGAUUUUGCAUGUAGAAGUUUGACACAGUGGAUGAAAUCAUACGUCUUUAGCCAGGGCUAUAUAUAUAUUGAAGAUGAUAUACAGAUAUUUGGACAGUCCAAAAUUACCGAAAUGGACUUUUCGGAGGUGACACAAUAUAUAGUUCGAAAGAAAUGAAAUUAUACAAUGCAGACAAAAAUAAUAAACAUUCAAGACAAGAAAGCACUGGAAUAGAUUAUCCGGAAGUACCGAGAUAAAAUUCCGGAAGUACUUAUCGAAAAAAUCAAAAUAUGGCGCAUGCGCAUGAGCAAGAUAUAGUGUUAACUUCGAGGUCUAAGAGAGUUUCCUUUCAAGAAAAUACCCAGGAAAGCUUCCAGAAAGAUCAUAAUGGAGUGGAAAUAUCUGAACUAUUUCCUUCUAUGAUGCCAAAAUCAAUUCUUCGACGCUCACUAUCACCGCAUUCGGAUCAAGCCGGGAUUUUGAAAAAGCCACGGAAACAUCGACGGAAAAAGGUUUUGCAAGAUGAAAACGCUCAAAAACAAAAAGAAAUCAGACAGUUUUUGCCUGAUAAGAGACCUACAGAGAGUCUGGUCCAUGCUUUGCUUCGAGCGAUGACCCAUAACGAACCAAGAUUUAAAUCGCGAAAAUUGAUUCCGCCAAAACUGGUCAUGUUAGAUUCUAGAAGGAAAAUUGAUGACGAUAAAUCUUCGACACGAAGUUAUAGUACUCAACUGUCGGUUUCUUCAACGCCGCGGCAACUUCCUUCGAUUUUAAUCGGCAAUAGGACAGAUUUACCGAGGACCUCUCUUGAGCGCACACCGGCACUACCGGAAAUAACGUCAACGCCGCGAGCUGACGUCACUGCCGUACAUUUCGAUAGGAUUUGUGGUCUUUGCAAGAGGACGUCGUUAGAUCAUCAAAAGCAAAAACCAGCAGCUGGAUUUUGUAAAUAUUGCGACAAAUUCCUUUGCGCAAAGUGUGUUGUUGCUCAUAAACGGAAACUAACAAAGGUUCACUCCGUGGUCGUAUUUUACUGUGAAGUCUGUAAGGAGAUGAACAUUAUCAGCAAACGAGGCUCCGGUUACUGCGUUAAAUGUAAACAUUUCUUCUGCUCUGUAUGUGUGAUUGAGCACUGUGCAAAAAACGAACAUGACGUAUUAGAAGGUCAUGACGUCAUUGACGUCAUUAACGUCAUGAUCGGAAAGUAAAUACUGUUCACUGAUUUCACUCAUUUUGUAAACAAAAUGUAGAUGGUAAAAAACACAGACGUUGACGUUGAUAUAUUCGUUAUCAUUCACAGUUUCAUGAAUAAUUUGAUAACAAAAUAUGUUUUCAUUAAAAGAUUGUCUGUCGGCAUUUUUUUUAAC